AUGACAGAGAUGUCAAUGAAGGAUGGGCUGGAGAAGUGGCCCCGUGCAAACAUCAUGGAGUUCAACAGGCACAAGAAUUAUGACGUGCUGCAGGUGCGGGCCACAGAUGCGGAUGCGGGCUCCAAUGGGAAGGUCUCCUACUUCUUCGGCAACGUCCCAGAUGGAGUGCGGUUGUUGUUCACUGUCGACAGCGAGAGUGGCGAGGUCCGGACUGUGGGUGCACUCGACUUCGAGGAGGAAAAUAAAUACGUAUUUGGCUUAGAGGUUACGGACGAUGGUGGGCUCACCGAUCACUGCGAAGUGCAAAUAGAUAUCCUGGACGAGAACGACAACGUGCCCGAGAUCACUAUUAUAUCUCUGUCGAGCCCGAUGCCCGAGGACGCGCCGGUGGGCACCGUGGUGGCCCUGCUAAAAGUGCGGGACAGAGACUCCGGCGAGAACGGUCAGGUGUCGUGCGAGCUGUCGGGCGAGGCGCCGCUGUCGAUCGUGGCGUCGCCGGGCGGCUCGUACAAGGUGGUGACGGCGGGAGCGCUGGACCGCGAGCAGGCGUCCGAGCAUCGCGUGUCGGUGGUGGCCCGGGACCGGCAAGAGGCGGGGAGCAGCGGCGUCCGAGGGGGCCCG